UACCGUGUCGUUUCUUGCUGUGUUCACUACUUUUGCCAUUCAAGUCGUCGUCCAAGCCGGCCACAGCUUUGAAAAGCUUCCUGCGCAGCGGGCUGCGCCGGGGAGAUAUGCCACUAUUUCCGCUCGAAACAAGGGUGGCGAUAGCGCACCCAAACUGCUGCGGAGGAAUUGUAAAGGGAGACCGGUUAGCUCGGGAAGUCCUGCACCAUCACCUUCUGCAUCGUUUCACAUCGACCCUGACUGUGCCUGCAGCAUCGUCACUACCCUCAGCAUCAACAUUCGGCCAGUCAACUCCAGCAUCAACUACGGCUCUGCCUGCAGCAUCAUCACCAGCUUCAGCUUCGAGCACAGCAUCAACUACAUCAACCAAGGCUCUGCCUUCCGUGUCGUCACUAACAUCAGCACCAACACCUCCUGCAACUUCAUCAGCUCGUCGGCCCUCGACAUCAGACAAUGGACCCAGCAACAACUCUAGAGGUGGACCAAUUGAUGGACUCGUCAACGUCAUCUCCUCCAAAGGCUGUGGAUCUAGCGGUGCAACCGAGAAAGUCACUCCAUUGAGUGGUCCCAAUGGCCAUAUCAAUUUCCUAACCUGUGGCAUCAACGGGACCGGAUGGAACCCACCCUUGAUUAACAUUAAGGGUAUCGUCACUGUUGACCUGUCAGCGGUCGCGUACCAAAAUGAUUCAGCAUUCACGAACUGCCAGGACUUUGUCGCGACAUUUGAGCAAUAUGGUAGCCAGUAUGGAAUCCCUGCUAUUCUCCUUGCGUCUUUUGCCAUGCAGGAGAGUUCAUGUAUACCGAGCACCGUUGGUGGAGCUGGUGAGCAAGGUUUGAUGCAGCUCACCAGCGACAAAUGUGUUGGUGCUCCCAAUGGUGAUUGCAUGGACGAUUUCAAUAUCGGUGCUGGCGCCAUGUUCUUUUCGCAACUGCUUGACGAAAAUGAUGGCGACCUUCUCUCCUCCAUUGGUCAUUACAACGGCUGGUUCCAGGGAAUGACUUAUGCGAAUGCAACUGCUGCUGCCCGUGGUGGUGACUGCAGGGAACAAAAUAAUCUCGACUAUUUGCACCAGUUCUUGAACGGUUGGUGCCAGAACAUCAACGCCUAUGAGCACAACCCUCCUCUUGGCGAGUAUUUCAACUUGAAUGUCUGUAACUAAGCAACGUUCCAUGGGGACUAUUUUUGCUUUCGCUGGGACAUUAUCAUGGACACCAUUUAUUAACAUCAAGCAAGAGUUUAAAUCUUAUACCACUUAUUACCGCAUACACCCAUACCCGUUUUAUGGUGGCGUUGUCACCGCUUCCCCGUGAUCUCACUUAUUUUUUCUGGUUAAUGCGAAGCUUUUUAUUCGCGAAUCUCUAGUCAAAGCUCAAGAUUCCGAUAAAUAGUUAAUGUAAAGCCACCGAUGCGAAUUUCCUUUCUCAGAAAAUUUCA